CAGAGCCCCUCCCUACGGCAGUCCCGGAAUCGGCCUCACCUGCGCCCUGCGUGUGGCCAGCCUGACCCUUGUCCGGCCCCGGAGAGGAGCCGUCUGGGACUGACUCGCCAGUGAAAAGUCCCGGGAGACUUUUAGGGACCUGACGAACCUGGUUGAGUCCUGGCUCCCCGGCCUUUGUGAUCCUCGGCUCCUCGUUGACCGUCUCCGCGCCCCAGUUUCUUCGUUUGUAGACCGCAGCUGGCAUUCUGGCCCUUCGUGGUGGGCGAGGGGGUUAAACGAGGCAGUAAGAGGACGGCUUAGAGUGACGCCUGGCGCGGACUGGAUUCUGGAUGAGUCGUAGGGAAUCACACAUGCACGAGGGUUGGCUGGGGCUGCCCAGCUCCGCUUCUCGGGGUCAAGGUGUCCCAGGAGGUUGCCUGGCUAGUCAAGCCUCGGAGAAAGCGAUGAAGAUCCAGUUUUGGACGUGAGACUCACUGGCUGAUCAUUUCAUUGAGAUCAACUUCAAUGACCAGGUGAAAGGUGCAAGAGGAAUGUGCUAUGACUGAGGGAACUCAAAUUUUUUAUUGCCACUCUACUUCUUUUGAUGCUACGAAAGAAACUAUUAUCUCCAGCAGCCCCUAAAGCCCAGGAGACCAGUAAAUCAUCAGACAGACUCAUGACUGAAAAACAGCGGGAAGAAGCAGAAUGGGAAAGCAUAAAUGUGCUCUUGAUGACGCGUGGCUUAAAACCUUUGUCUCUAGUCCAAAGAACAGAUCUUACAGAUCUCAUCAUUUUUGACAAACAGUCAUCGAAAAGGAUGAGACAGAAUUUGAAAACGUUGGUGGAAGAAACAACACGUCAACAGAACAUGAUCCAGGAGCUCAUAGAAACUAAUCAGCAACUUAAAAAUGAACUUCAGCUAGAACAAAGCCGAGCAGCAGACCAGGAACAACGAGCUAAUGACUUGGAACAAAUUUUGGAGAGUGUGAAAUCCAAAAUUGGUGAAUUGGAGGAUGAAUCCCUUAAUAGGGCUUGCCAGCAACAGAAUAAAAUAAAAGAUCUUCAAAUGGAGCAUAAAGCUUUACAGGCAAAAUGUCACCAUUAUAAGAAAAAACGAAUGGAGCAACAAGAGACUAUUGCUUCUUUGCAAAAGGAUAUCUGUAGAUUAACAAAGGAGGAAGAAGAGCGCAUUGUCACUCAAAACAGGGUGUUUGCUUCUCUCUGCAAGAGAGUUCCUCAUACCGUCUUGGAUAGACAGUUGCUUUGCCUAAUUGAUUACUAUGAAUCUAAAAUUAGAAGAUUUCAUGAACAGAGGCGGUAUAAAGAAGAUGAAAGUCAGUCAGAAGAAGAAAAAGACUACAGAAGUCUGGAUGCUUCAGCAACCUACAAAGGCCUUCUAAUGUCAUUGCAGAAUGAACUCAAAGAAUCGAAAUCCAAGCUUGAUGUACUUUUAAGUGAAAAGCUGAAUCUCCAAAAAGAUUUGGAAAGCAGGCCCACACAGCAUGAAUUACGACUUUAUAAACAACAGGUGAAGAAACUGGAGAAAGCCCUUAAGAAAAACAUCAAAUUACAGGAUAUUAUUGGCCAAAGAAAGGCUGAGGACACUGAGAAAAAAGAUGAGCCCAGCAAGGAUAAUCUGCAGCAGGCCCUAAUUGACCAGAGAUACUUUCAGGUGCUGAGUAGCAUCAAUUCAAUUAUUCACAAUCCAAGAGCUCCAGUAAUAAUUUAUAAACAGAGCAGAGGAGCCCAACAUUUCAAUAAAGAGCUUGUUCAAGAUUGUGGAUUUGAGCAUCUUGUUCCUAUAAUAGAAAUGUGGGCAGAUCAACUGACUUCCCUCAAGGAUUUAUAUAAGUCCUUGAAAAUACUAUCUGCAGAACUAGUGCCUUGGCAUAAUUUAAAGAAGCAGGAUGAAAAUGAAGGUAUCAGAGUUGAAGAUCUGUUGUUUAUAGUAGAUACCAUGUUGGAAGAAGUUGAAAAUAAGGAAAAGGACAGCAAUAUGCCAGACUUUCAAACUUUGCAAGCUAUUGUUUCUCACUUCCAAAAAUUAUUUGAUGUGCCUUCUUUAAAUGGAGUCUAUCCCCGAAUGCAUGAAGUUUAUACUAGGCUUGGAGAAAUGAACAAUGCUGUGAGAAACCUCCAAGAACUCUUAGAAUUAGAUAGUUCAUCCUCAUUGUGUGUGCUGGUGAGCACAGUUGGAAAAUUGUGUAGGCUGAUUAAUGAGGAUGUGAGUGAACAGGUUACGCAGGUAUUGGGACCUGAAGACCUCCAGAGCAUUAUCAACAAAUUGGAAGAACAUGAGGAAUUUUUCCCAGCAUUUCAGGCCUUUACUAAUGACCUUCUUGAAAUCUUAGAAAUUGAUGACUUGGAUGCCAUUGUACCUGCAGUAAAGAAAUUAAAAGUACUUUCAUACUGAAAACAAAUCAAAUAAUUUUUACUGUGUAAAUUGCAUUCUUAACGUUCUAAGUAUUUUGUAGGAUUGAUCUUACUUUGAGACAAGGGUUAUAAAAAUGUAUUUACUCUGAGAAUUCAUCCCUUUCUUAGAAUUGGGUCCUUGUCCAUCCAUGUAAUUUUUAACUUUGAGUUCUUAUGUAGAAAACAGUUGCUAAGUUAAAGAAGUAAGUUAACUUUAGAUCCUUUAAUCAUUUCGUAAGCAAUUCUUGAGUGCUUAAAAUUUAAGAUUGUUUUAAAGUAUAGUGUGUGAGUAAAAGAGAAACUCAGGGAGAGAUAUUGCACGUAAUAGAAAAGUUAUAUUUAAGUUCAGGGUUUAGUGACCUUUUUGGUUCUGGGAACAAGGAAUGCCAAUGGCUCUCUUACAUCCAGCCAGUAGAAGGCUAUUGCUUUCCUGGCAAGGAAAUGGCACAUUCUAUUAUAUCCCUUAUGGCACGUGCCCUUUCAAAGCAGGGGGAAGGAAAGGAAGAAGGAGAAAGUGUUUUAUCAUUGUUUUGGGGUAGGAAAUGAAUUAUGAAGUAAAACAGAUGAGUAAAUAGAUAGUAGAUAGUCUCUCUUUUAUAAAAAAGUGUCUUUUUUGCAAUCUUGAUGUAAUGUACUUUUUAUAAGGGCAUGAGAUCUUAAAUAAAAUUUUUGUAAAGAAUUUCCAAAAGUAAGU